CUACUGAGUGCGGUCUACCGGCGAUUCCACCCGUUGAAAUGUCAGUUAUGAUUGUUGGUGGUCAUACUGCCAAGCCACACAGCUGGCCCUGGAUGACUGAAGUGAUCAAGAAUAACGGGCACUACUGUGGCGCCACCCUCAUUGAAAAUCAAUGGCUUGUCUCUGCAGCUCAUUGCUACAAAAAAAAACUGAACCUUAGCAUCUACGAGUUUUCCGUAGGAGGUCACAAAAUAGCCGAUACAGGAGAAGCGACUCGUCAGACUUUCAGAGCCCAGAAGAUUAUCCGUCAUGAAAAGUAUUUAGAUGGCGGCGACAGUCACGACAUUGCUCUCAUCAAGCUCGAUGGUCUUGUCCGAUACAAUGACUAUGCCUCACCAGCCUGUCUAGCUGAAUCCAGACCAAGUGAUGGUACAGUGGCCUACGUCACUGGCUGGGGAGCUUUAGCGACGGAGAAACCGCAAUCAUAUGAAACUCAACCAUCUACAGUGCCCCCAACAGCAUCAACGCCACCUUUAGAUGACAGAGACUGCCAAGGUUCUCUUGCUCGGAGCGGUAACAUCACAGAUAUAGGAGGACGUGCUCAUCAUGUCAUUUGUCGGUGUAAGUCUGGAUGUGUGGUACGUCAGAAACACAACCCAUCUUAUGGACUGAGUAGCAACAGAACGCUGUCAAUCCUCGUCACGUACGAGCGGGGAGCCCUCAAGGUGUUCGACGAUAACGACCGAACCCCGUUCAUGACAUACACCGAUCCUCACCCGCUCUCCAUUCGUCAUGUUGCAAUUUGUAAACGCGCUACAGAGGGAAAGUUUGUUAUUCAUAUCUGUGAUUCGUAUUAA